UGUGUGUGUGUGUGUGUGUGUGUGUGCACUGGUUUCCAUGUUUUAUGGGGACAAAAAUCUGUAUACACAGUCACGUCAUGGGGACCAGUUGCGGUAUGGGGACCAAAAAGCUGGUCCCCAUGAGUCAAACUGUAAAAUUCGAUAAAGCAGGUGGUCUAUAUGUGCCUGUGAAAUUUUUAGCCUUGGCCCAAAAAGCAUGAUUUUUGAUCAACGUAUGUGUGUAGACAAUGCUCAUUAGCCCCCCCUACAUAGUUUUCACUGCUAUGGCACUCACUGCGACUGCACUGCUCUACACACACAUUUACAUAAUCCCACCCACUUCCUGGUCCCCACAUGUAAGGAUUUUUACAUCAAUGGAUCAGAACAGGCAGAAAGUCAUCUUUAAUUAGAAUCAUCAGAAGACACUAGAAAGAGCUAGUCAACAUGCCAGCAGAAGAAGAUGAAGUAAAUGUAACACAAAAAAUGCUAAUUUGUUUGCAUGAACAAAUAAGUUUUCUAUUAUGUAUUAUCUAGUUAUAUAUUUCAUUGCAUUCACUGCUUCACACACAUAUUUGCAUAAUCCCGCCCACUCCCUUGUCCCCAAUAUGUGGUGAUUUUUACAACGAUGGAGUCAAACAGGUAGAAAGCAAUCUUCAAUUAGACUCAUCAGAAGACGCUAGCAAGAGCUAGUAAACAUGCCAGCCAAAGAAGCAAAAAUAAAACCUAAGUUUGAAAUGCCAAAAAGGGUCAGCCCCCUUCAGGAUGCCAUUUGUCAUGUUACCUCAAAGACUGACAAGACAGACAAAUUGUGCAUCAAGUACAUUGAUGCAGUUAAAGGACGUGGUGUUUUUGCAAAAGCUGCAAUCAGCAGAGGUCAAUUUGUUGCAGAAUAUAGGGGUGAUCUGAUAAAUGAUUCAGAAUAUCAGUGCAGAAGAAGAGUUUACCACCCAUCAUGUGCUGCAUUUAUGUUUGCAUUUAAGUGGAGAGGAAAAACAUGGUGCAUUGAUGCUUCAAGAGAUGAUGAAUCAUUUGGGAGGUUGGUAAAUGAUGAACACAGACGGCCAAACUGUAAAAUUAAAAGGAUUGAUGUGGAAGGAAAGCCACACCUCUGUUUGUUUGCUGUGGAAGACAUUCAAGAAGGAGAAGAAAUAAAUUAUGAUUAUGGAGUUGAUGACUGUCCAUGGAGAACACAAAUGAACGGCAUUAAGGAGAGUGAUUUGGGAAUAGAGACCUCUUGUUCCUCCAUGAUUAUGGAUCAGAUGGAGAAUGUGACAUGUCAAAACAACUCUCAACAGAUGGCCGCCUUUGAGGACUGUGAUUCGGCUUUAGAGACCUCUCAUCCCUCCAUGACCGUUGAUCAGUUAGAGAUUGCUGCUGUUCCAAACAACACACAACAGAUGACCACGAUGAAUGACAGUGCCUUGGCUUCAGAGACCUCUCAUCCUUCCAUGAGUAUGGAUCAGACUGAGAUCUCUACUUGUCCAAACAACACUGAACAGAUGACCACCAUUAAUGACAGUGCCUUGGCUUCAGAGACCUCUACUCCUUCCAUGGAUAUGGAUCAGACGGAGAUCUUUACUUGUCCAAACAACACUCAACAGAUGACCACCAUUAAUGACAGUGCCUUGGCUUCAGAGACCUCUACUCCUUCCAUGGAUAUGGAUCAGACGGAGAUCUCUACUUGUCCAAACAACACUCAACAGAUGACCACGAUGAAUGACAGUGCCUUGGCUUCAGAGACCUCUCAUCCUUCCAUGAGUAUGGAUCAGACUGAGAUCUCUACUUGUCCAAACAACACUGAACAGAUGACCACCAUUAAUGACAGUGCCUUGGCUUCAGAGACCUCUACUCCUUCCAUGGAUAUGGAUCAGACGGAGAUCUUUACUUGUCCAAACAACACUCAACAGAUGACCACCAUUAAUGACAGUGCCUUGGCUUCAGAGACCUCUACUCCUUCCAUGGAUAUGGAUCAGACGGAGAUCUCUACUUGUCCAAACAACACUCAACAGAUGACCACGAUGAAUGACAGUGCCUUGGCUUCAGAGACCUCUCAUCCUUCCAUGAGUAUGGAUCAGACUGAGAUCUCUACUUGUCCAAACAACACUGAACAGAUGACCACCAUUAAUGACAGUGCCUUGGCUUCAGAGACCUCUACUCCUUCCAUGGAUAUGGAUCAGACGGAGAUCUUUACUUGUCCAAACAACACUCAACAGAUGACCACCAUUAAUGACAGUGCCUUGGCUUCAGAGACCUCUACUCCUUCCAUGGAUAUGGAUCAGACGGAGAUCUCUACUUGUCCAAACAACACUCAACAGAUGACCACGAUGAAUGACAGUGCCUUGGCUUCAGAGACCUCUCAUCCUUCCAUGAGUAUGGAUCAGACUGAGAUCUCUACUUGUCCAAACAACACUGAACAGAUGACCACCAUGAAUGACAGCGCCUUGGCUUCAGAGACCUCUCAUCCUUCCAUGAGUAUGGAUCAGACUGAGAUCUCUACUUGUCCAAACAACACUGAACAGAUUGCUGCCUGCAAGGACUGUGAUUUGGCUUCACAGACCUCUCAUCCCUACAUGAGUAUGAAUCAGAUGGAGAUUGCGACUUGUCCAAACAACACUCAACAGGUUGCAGCCUACAAAGACUGGGAUUUGGCUAUAGAGACCUCUCAUCCCUCCACGACUGUGGAUCAGUUAGCGAUUGCUGCUGUUUCAAAUAACACACAACAGAUGAUCACCAUUAACAGUGAUAUAGCUUCAGAGAUCUUUUGUUCCUCUAUGACUGUGGGUCAUUUUGAGAAUGUUGCUGAUUCAAACAGUCAACAGAUGACCGCCUUUAAGGACAGUGCAUUGGAUUCAGAGACCUCAUGUCCUUCAACAACUGUAUAUAGUAAGGAGAAUGUUGCUUUUCCAAACAACACUCAACAGGCUAUUACAACGACACAUAGUGACAGACACAGAAGGACCAGAAGUGUCAUUAUGAAAGACACAAGUUUUGAAGAUUCAGAUGAGCUUUUUUAUUCUUCACCAUCAAGUGGAGAUGAGUUUAUCCCUGAUACCACCUCCAAAAGUGAUACCGACUGUGAGGCCAGCGACAGAUACAAACUACCCACACUGGCAAAACAUGAUAUAUCUGACAUGGAAAUCCCUAUGUGUGACUCUACCACACCAAAAAACAGUCAUACAUCUAGUGUCAGAGCAGAAGAGAAACCCUAUUCCAGUGAAACAGAAGAACCUUCUUCCAGCAGAGCAGAUGAUGUCCACAGUUCAAGUCAUACCAGAGGCACAGUAGUUGUUGGUCCAUGCAAAAAAGUGGGUGCCAAAAGAGUGUAUGAUAAGAGACAUUACUGCUUGUAUUGUUCAAAGCCUUACGCGAAGAUGGCAAGGCAUUUAGAACGUUCACAUGAGGAUAAAUCAGAUGUAGCGCGUGCUGUUAGCUUUCCUAAGGGCUCGAAGGAAAGAAAAAAACAGUUAGAUUAUAUUCGUAACAAAGGAAACUUUGCUCACAAUGCAUUUGUUAUGCAGUCAGGAAAAGGAGAAUUAGUGCCAUUUAAACGGCCUCCUAACGAGACACAAGGAAAUGACUUUAUGCAUUGUGCACAUUGUCAAGGACUUUUCCUUCGCAAAGUUCUGUGGCGACACAUGCGUAUUUGUCAAUUCAAACCUGGAUCAAAUGCCCCUAAACCAGGAAAGAACCGUGUUCAAUCUUUAUGUGUAUACACAGGGCCCGUACCAGCAGCCACAAGUGAACAGUUGUGGCAAAUAGUUACUUCAAUGAAUCCUGAUCCGAUCUCACACAUAAUAAAAAAUGACCCAGUAAUUAUUGAAUUUGGGCAACAUUUGUUAAAUAAAAGCGGUACAUCAGCAAAGAAUAAAAAUCAUGUGCGAGAGAAGAUGCGAGAAUUGGGAAGGUUGGUUCAGGGUGCCAGGAGAGUGACCACCUUGAAAAACAUGGAAGAUUUCAUUAAUCCAGAAAAGUACAUGGAGACUGUUACAGCUGUCAAGUUUACAUGUGGGCAUGAAAAUGAAUUAGGCAGGUUUUUGGUUCCAUCACUCGCAAACAAACUAGGACACUCCUUAGUUAAAGUAAGCAAACUCCUAAAAGCCAAGGGUUUAAUCUCAAACAAUGAAAAGCUUGUAACGGAGGCCACCAACUUUGAAGCUGUCCAUAAGGAAAAGUGGCACGAGUUGAUCUCAGCUGCAGCAUUAAGGAACAUCAGGGAAGCAAAGUGGAAUGUGCCCAGUGUCAUGCCCUUCACCAAAGAUGUCCAAAAACUGCAUGCAUAUCUCACUCAAGAACACGAUAAAUGGUACACAUUCCUCUCUGAGACUCCAUCGGCAAAGGUCUGGAAUGAGCUGACAAAGGUGUGUCUUGUCCAGCUCAUUCUUUUCAACCGGCGCAGAGAGGGAGAGGUGGCAUGCAUGCCCCUAUCUGCAUUUCUUUCGAGAGACACCUCUGAUCCACAUGAUGAUUUGGACUGGGCACUCUCUGAGUUGGAAAAAAAACUCUGCAGACACUUCACCAGGAUUGUUAUCAGAGGAAAGCGUGGACGUCCAGUGCCCAUUCUUCUCACUCCUAAAAUGCUGCGUGCCAUAGAACUCCUUGUUUCACAGAGAGAAGCUUGUGGGGUUCUGAAAGAUAAUGAAUACCUAUUUGCACGACCAGGGGCCAUGACACACUUCCGAGGAUCGGAUUGUUUCCGUUCGUUUGCACAGCAAUGUGGUGCUGCAUGUCCCAGGUCACUGACAUCGACCAAGCUGAGAAAGCAUGCCGCAACCUUGUCAACAGUGCUAAACAUGACAAACACAGAAAUGGACCAAUUGGCCAAUUUUCUCGGCCAUGACAUUAGAGUCCACAGAGAGUAUUAUCGGCUGCCUGAGAAGACUUUGCAACUUGCCAAAGUCAGCAAACUCCUUAUGGCUCUCGAACAGGGUAGAAUGGCUGAAUUCAGUGGGAAAAGUCUGGAUGAAGUUGAGAUUGACCCAGAUGAAAAACUUCUGGACAGUGAUGAUGACACCAUGCAUACAGGACACCUAAAUGAUGAUGGACUACUAACAGAGGAGACACAUCCCCCUCCUGAGAGGAUUGAAACACCAUUGCUAUCACGAGAGGGACACUCAUCUUCUUCAUCGGGUGAUGAGAUGUCAUCAGCAGUCGGUGCUGAGAAACCUUCCUCAAAAGGAGCAGACCAAGAUGAAACAAUGAGUGAUGACAUACCACACAAGAGACCCAAAACACAUAGGAGGCACGAACCCCCAUCAUUAGAUGGGGUCCGUGCAAGGGCCAGUGCUAAGAAGUCCUCCACUGAAGGCAAAACCACGCAGAAGAAGAAAUGUCCCUGGCAGAAGAAGGAGGUGCAGGCGGUGGAAAGGCACAUGACAAAGUUCAUAACAUCUUUCAUUGUGCCAGGUAAACUGGACUGUGAAAAGUGUUUAAGGGCUGAACCAGAAGCCCUGAAGAACCGGGACUGGCGGAAUCUCAAAUUUUACAUUUACAACCGCAUUUCAGCAUCUAAAAGGAAAUUGCAAUGUAAAUAGAUUUUUGUUAUCAACACUCUGGUAAGUUUUUCACACACAACACUGGUUUGAUGGGUUUUUUUUGUUUUGUUUUUGGUUUUUCAUUUGUUCUUUUUUUUGUUAUUCUAAAGACGACAGUGUUAUGUUUGUGUGCCAUUUGACCUCACCAAAGGCAAUUUGUUGUUGUUUGUUGUUGUUGUUCCAUUAAAUGUAACAUGUUUUCAUAAAAUUUAUUUCAGUGUGAAAUAUAUUCGUGUUGGCAGAUGAAACUAAUAUUAAAUGGCCUCUAUUUCAAUAUUCAGUCACUGACUGUCAGGUUAUGGUUUAAUACAGAUGCUUACUACUGUAUGUCAAUACAACUGGUAAAAUGUCCCCAUUAAUCAAGUUCAAUUUGUGGGGACCAAGUGUGAAAUAUGUAAAUUACUUUGCAUAUUAUUUAAAUGAGGUCCCCAAAAAGAAUGUAUAAUCGUUUUUUUUAUAGGUCCCCAGAAUGCAUGGUGAAAAUCAUCACUUCAUCAUUUCUGAUAUUUGAAGGCGUGUAUAAGUUCACAUGGCCAAACUGGUUAUACCUGAUUUUUUUCAGCUCUGUAAACCAUUUAGAAAGGGUGGUCCCCACAAAUGAUGCUUUCAUAAUUUUAGAUUUUUGGUCCCCAGAAAACAUAUAAACCCGUAUAUGUGUGUGUGUGUGUGUGUGAAUUGAUGUUUGUCUCAUUGUACCCUGCGAUUGACUGGCAACCAAUUCAGGGCAUACUCCGCCUACUGCCACGCUGCAUUAGCUUUGGAAUUUAGUACAUUGGUCUAUGCCAAUAUAGGCAGACUGUUGCAGUUAGUGUGUAUCUUUCUCUGGACAAAAGCCGUACUGUUACUACACUGCCGAAGAGGUGGUUUAAGUUCCAGCACAAGGUAGACUGAUGAUCUUGAAACGGCGCAUGACGUGCAGGCUGACAGAUAUGCAGCUUAGCUGUCAUGUGAGGUAGACAUAAUAGUUUUUUAUUCAUAAAUAUGUGAAGUCUCCAAGUGCCCAUUUACGUGUGGAGAUCUCAGUGACCAUAUUUAUGUCAUCUGCCCAGUAGGGCUGCAAUCCUUUCCCCAUACCAAGCACGUGUCAAGCUUCCACUGAGCAAACCAGUUUCUCCUCCUGCCUGCCAGGUAGAAGAUUGUGGAACCACAGGAGUGCUAAAAUAAGAAAAAUGAAUAAAUAGAUAAAUUAAUAAAUUAGGGCUGUCAAUAUUAUCGCGUUAACGGGCGGUAAUUAAUUUUUUUAAUGAAUCACGUUAAAAUAUUUGACGCAAUUAACGCACAUGCCCCGCUCAGAUUAAAAUGACAGCAGUGUAAUGUCCGCUUGUUACUUGUUUUUUGUUGUUUGGCGCCCUCUGCUGGCGCUUGGGUCCAAAUGAUUUUAUGGGUUUGGGGAGUGAGCAUGGUGUAAUGACAUUAGAACUGAAACGAAUACUCGAGCAACUCGAGUAACUCGAGUUUAAAAACUGAUCCGAGUAAUUUUAUUCACCUUGAGGAAUCGUUUAAUUUUGACAGCUCUAAGCAUCACGUUUUGCCCAGACUACUUUUAAUGCGGGACAACGCACUGACGUCACGUGUGUAGAGGAAGAAGCAAUUAAAAAAAAAAAAAAAAAAAAAACAUUGCAGCCAACAGCUGCUACAAACUACGCCGACGUUGCUAAAAACUACGCCCGCGUGAUGCUAGUGCGGUAGCAGGUAGUGUCCAAUGCGUCUCAUAGAUAUCGCAUGCAUUUAGGACUAGAUGCGAAAUGACAGACUUGGCCGUGUCUGGGCAGCGUUAGUAAACAGCCGCCAUCUUUAGGCAGUAGACUUCUCAUCGCUAAUAAAUAUAACGUUACUGUCACUCGCUCACGUAGACGUAACGUUAGCCCUUCGGAGGGCUACGUUUCUAUUGAUCAUGACCACUGUCGAUGCGUGGCUAACGUGUCUUAAAUAUAGGCUUUAUUUAAUCUGUAAAAAACAGCGCUGUAGAGUGAUGAGGGUGUCAAAUUAAAACAUAAUAAAGCUAACUGUCAGUUUUAGCUCGGUAGUCAUUGCUGAAUAAAACACCAAGUAGAACUGGUCCUUAAUGUGCUCCAAUACAGCAGGUAUCGUACAUUUAUUUUGAACACUGCAAAAACUCAAAAUCCUAUCAGUACUUACAGUUUAGACUAACUUAAAACUUAACUAGAACUUAAAAAUUAGCUUGACACAAAUGGAAAUUAAAUUGAAACACGUGGGAAAAACACGUAGCUUUCAAGUGAUGUGUGUUAUCAUGCGCAAUGACAUUUUUAGGUAAGAAAUAUGUUUUUUUUUUCUAUAAGAUCUAGAAGUUUUUUGAGUGAAAGCAGUGAAUUUUUUUUUCUAGUCACAUCUGAGAUGCAAUUGUUGGCUGUUUUCAACAAUGUACAUCGAAAAUAAAGACAUUGAUUGACUGAAAAUGGUUCAGUAUUGGAUUAAAUGUCUUUUUUUCUGAUGUAUAUUUAUAACUGCUCUAUACCUUAAAAAAAAAACGGUUUUAUCCGAUUACUCGAUUAAUCGAUAGAAUUUUCAGUCGAUUACUCGAUUACUAAAAUAUUCGAUAGCUGCAGCCCUAAAUGACAUCAACAAUGGCGAGCUACUAGUUUAUUUUUUGAUUGAAAAUUUUACAAAUUUUGAUAAAACAAAAACAUUAAGAGGGGGUUUAAUAUAAAAUUUCUAUAACUUGUACAAACAUUUAUCUUUUAAGAACUACAAGUUUUUCUAUCCAUGGAUCGCUUUAAGAGAAUGUUAAUAAUGUUAAUGCCAUCUUGUUGAUUUAUUGUUAUAAUAAACAAAUACAGUACUUAUGUACCGUAUGUUGAAUGUAUAUAUCCGUCUUGUGUCUUAUCUUUUCGUUCCAACAAUAAUUUACAGAAAAAUAUGGCAUAUUUUAUAGAUUGAAUUGCGAUUAAUUGUGAUUAAUUACAUUUUAAGCUGUAAUUAACUCGAUUAAAAUUUUUAAUCGUUUGACAGCCCUAGAAUAAAUCUAAAAAGUUCAAGGGAAUGGAUUAAAGCCUGGUGACCAGGCAUGAACGUGUCACCAUGUAUAUUAGUCCUUCUCAAAAAAUUAGCACAUUUUGAUAAAGUUGAUUAUUUUCAGUAAUGUACUGAUGAACAUUAGACUUUCAUAUAUUUUAGAUUCAUUACACACAACUGAAGUUGUGAACAGGUGCCAGGUCGUGCUUAAAAAUGAAAUCUUCAUCACCAUAAAGCUUUUCAGCAGAUGGAAGUAUGAAGUGCUCCAAAAUCUCCUGAUAGCUAGCUGCAUUGACCCUGCCCUUAAUAAAACACAGUAGACCAACACCAUCAGCUGACUUGGCACCACAGACCAUCACUGACUGUGGGUACUUGACACUGGACUUCAGGCAUUUUGGCAUUUCCUUCUCCCCAGUCUUUCUCCAAACUCUGGCACCUUCAUUUCUGAAUGACAUGCAAAAUUUGCUUUCAUCUGAAAAAAGUACUUUGGACCACUGAGCAACAGUCUAGUGCUGCUUCUGUGUAGCCCAGGUCAGGAGCCUCUGCCAUUUCCAGCACACGCCUGUGCACGGUGGCUCUGGAUGUUUCUACUCCAGACUCAGUCCACUGUUUCUGCAGGUCCCCCAAGGUCUGGAAUCGGCUCUUCUCCACAAUCUUUCUCAGGGCGCAGUCCCGUCUUUUGAUUGUGCAGCGUUUCCUGCCACACUUUUUCCUUCCCACAGAGGUGCCUUAAUACAGCACUCUGGGAACAGCCUAUUCGCUCAGAAAUUUCUUUCUGUGUCUUAGCCUCUUGCUUGAGGGUGUCAAUGAUGGCCUUCUUGUCAGCAGUCAGGUCGGCAGUCUUGCCCAUGAUUGCGGUUUUGAGUAAUGAACCAGGCUGGGAGUUUUUAAAAGCCUCAGGAAUCUUUCGCAGGGGUUUUAAGUUAAUUCGUUGAUUCAGAUAAGGUUAGAAGCUUCUUUAGAGUACCUUUUCAUGAUAUGCCAAUUUUUUGAGAUAGGGAAUUUUUUUUUUUUUUUUGCCAAAAUCAUCAAUAUUAAAACAAUAAAAGGCUUGAAUUACAUCAGUUGUGUGUUGUGACUCUAAAAUAUAUGAAAGUCUAAUGUUUAUCAAUACAUUACAGAAAAUAAUGAACUUUAUAGAAGGACUAGUACAGCUCUUCCUGCUGUCUUGACCAAGCACAGGCUGUCCAGGAACUUAAACCUGGUGUAAAAAUACCCUCUUACGCGCUGCUCUUAAUUUAUGGAUGUUGUAUGAAAAUAGGGACCUAUUUGUUGACGUUUCAAGUGCUCUGAAUAGUAAAUCAAUAUAUUUUUAUUGCAGAAAUCCAGAAAUGAUGACAUAGUACUGAACAU